AUGGCGAGAUGGCGACCGAAAAGCCGGCGACACCGCUCAAGUGAAGUUGUAGAGGUUCAUGGUCAACUGUUUGAAGUGGGACCUCGAUAUGUUAACCUCGCCUUUAUUGGUGAAGGCGCUUAUGGAGUGGUAGUUUCCGCUUUGGACACAAUCACCGGUGAACAUGUCGCCAUCAAGAAGAUCUCUCCAUUUGAACAUCAGACGUUCUGUCAGCGGACAUUGCGAGAGAUCAGAAUAUUAACGAAAUUCAAUCACGAAAACAUUAUAGACAUACAAGAAAUCAUCCGAUCAGCUUCAGUGGACGAACAGAAAGAC